AUGUCUUCUCUUCCCAUCCAAACACCAAGAAACACACAACCGCCGAGGCCACUACAUUCCUCGCCGGCCUCCUUUGCAGCUCCCGCGUCCCCAUUCAGACCCCGAGCCAGCAAGAAGAUGUCGAUCGCACAAACCUACUUUCUCGCCCACAAGGCCCGGGCCAAGCUGUCUUCGGAAGCUGCCCGCCCCGACCACAACCUCCGCCUGCUCGUCGGGCACGCCAACAUGCUCGACUCGCUGAUGCUGGAGCUCGCCGACGCCGAGAGGGAACAAGAGUCGUGGUUCAACCAGUCCGUCCGCGGCGCCUCGCCCAGCACCAGCGAGGAGAGGCACAUCCAGUGGGCGGAUACCAUCGUGGAGGAGCCGGAGCACGACUGGCACGCCGAGGACGCCGAGUCCGACUCCGACUCGGACUCGGACUUUGACGACGACGAGGACAUCGAGAUGGCCGACGCUGUCGCCCUCAGGAGGAUAUCCUCGCACACGAUGCUGCCCCACAAGGCCGCCUACCCAUUCGGUGUCGAGGAGGAGGACGAGGACUACGAUAUGGACGAGGAGGAGGACUUUACCCAGCUCGCCCUACAGCGGAGCCCGUCACACUCCGUCUCGCCCUCAUCACCACCCGAGCUCGACGACGACUCGGACGGCUCGACAGAAGACGAGUCGAUGCCGCCAUCACCACCUACGACUCUCAUCCCCGCAUUCGAGGAGACGCAGAAGGGGAGCAGCACACCAGCGACAACAAUAGACCAAGGGGACAAGACCGCUUUCUACGAGGAAGGGUACUACCUCCCGCCACGGAAUCCGGCGAGACUCAUCUCGGCGGUGUCGGUGUACUAA